CUUCACCCAAAUCCCUCAGAUCCCCUCUCUCCGCCUCGCCUUUCUCCCACACCCUCCUUCCCGUUGCUCUCUUCUCCUCAACCCCUCCUCCUCACCACCACCUCACCUCUGCUCACUACUCAUAGUGUCCCCACCACCAUGAGUAACAACAAUCAUGAGGACACCGAGGACCAGCGUUCUUUCAUGAGCGCUGCCUCCAUCCUUCCAGAGGCCAACACCAUCACCCAACUCAUCAAGCGUCUCAAGGCCAUGGCCAACCGCCUCCUCCCCCUCCAGGUCGAGUUGGAUGACAUUACCUCGCCCACGUCCGCGAUUGUCACCCCAGAGGUGGUCCAGGCUUUCUACGAGGCCGGCGGUGACUUCAGGGAGGCCGUGCCCUUCUGUCUCUUGCGCGCACGCCAAAUGUUUAUCAGGGAGGGAAACACCAACCAGGCCGACUAUGAAGAGAACCUUUGUCGCGCCACGGCGUGCGAGAUGAUCGCCCGUCGCAUCACCCACAUGGUGUCGCGUCACCGCCUUCCUAGCAUCAUGAGCACGCGUUUCCGCUACAUCGAGCCUGAUGGAGAUGUCUCUCCGGCCCUCAGCGCCCUCGAGACCGCUAUCGACCAGCACUGCACUCUUUUCCUCAGCUCUAAUGAAGCCCAGACCGUCAUCAUGUCACUUUGGAAGGGCGAGUGGGUCCAGCGCAACAACGAGGACGCCGACAUUGAUUAUGUCGAGUACCACGUCGACCCCGACACUGGUGGCUUCUGGGACCACUUCAACCCGAACCGUCUGGCUGUUCCGCGCUACCAGAACUACUUCAAGGUUGUCAUGUGGCUCAUUUAUCUCUUCGUUUACUCCCAGGCAGUACAGAGUCCCCUCGACGCCAUUGACCCCCUUCACGAGUUUGACGGCUGGGAGAUUACCCUUUACGUGAUGACCUUUGCCUACUUCCUGGACGAGAUUCGCCGCGUUGUCAAGACCAUUGGCAUUUCGACCGGCAUCUUGGCCGUCUUUAGCUUCUGGACCAUCAUUGCGUUCCUUACGGAUGCGCUCGUGAUUACGGCCUUCUCCCUCCGUGUCGCCGGCAUUCGCCUGGACUCGGACAGCGAGGAGCGUAAGAACCUCCACUACCGUUCCUUCCAGGUCCUGGCGUGCGUUGCCCCUCUCAUCUGGCUGCGUCUCAUUACCGUCUUUGAGGGCUUCAAGACCGUCGGAGUGCUGCAAGUUGUCGUGUUCCGCAUGCUGCGCGAGUCGGCCAUCUUCUUCAUCCUGCUCGCCGUCCUCGCCAUGGGCUUUAUCCAAUCGAUGUACGCGCUUGACGCGGCCGACCAGGACAUUGACGAGGAGUACGGCAUAUGGUCGCUCAUUAACAAUCUCCUCCGCUCCAUCAUGGGAGACCCAGACUUCGAUACAGCUGCCGAGCGAUUUGGACCUCCCUUUGGCACUAUCAUCUACUACUUCUGGAACUUCCUCACGGCUAUUAUUCUCCUGAACAUCCUCAUUGCGCUGUUCGGGACGGCCUACAGUGUCAUCUACGACAAUGCCACCGACGAGUUCCUCGCCUUCUUCGCCGCCAAGACCAUCAACAUGAUCCGUGCCCCUGACCAGUUCGUUUACCCCGCCCCCUUCAACCUCAUCGAGAUCUUCCUCGUGACCCCCUUCGAGCCCUUCGUUUCGCGCAAGACAUACGUAAAGAUCAAUCGCGUCGUGAUGACGGUCAUAUUCAUUGUCCCCCUCACCCUGAUUGCCCUUUACGAGUCUGGGGUUGUGCACUCCCGCCGCGGCCUGCUGCACGACUACUUCGCCGACCCGAUUCCCGAGGACGACGACGACCCCAAGGUCAUCGACCCCCAGACCGACGACCCCAACGGCGUCAUCUGCAGGAAGUCGUUCGAAGAGCUCGUCAGUAAAUUCCCUGACACGACGACGAGCACUGCGGCUAUCAUCCUUAAGCAGGUUGGCAAGAUCAACACCCGCCUUGACAAGGUGGAAGGCAAGGACGGCAGCAGUGGCAAGGACGGCAAGAAGAAGUAAGCAUGGAUAAUACCUGCCGGUGCUGGUGCUGCCAUACACGCUCUCCGUAGCCCACACAAUCCAUAGCGCUAUCUUGCUCGCCACGCCCUAAGCGUUCCGCAGAAGUAAAUGAAUUAUUGACAAUCCGCGUUCCCAACGAUU